UCUUUUCUACCUUUUGCCAAUUACAACGAAAAGUGACACUAUGGACAGCUCAGGUCCAUCAGGCUUUCGCAAUGCCCCGGUGACAAAAUUCCUGGUUCAGAUUAUAAGCGGCUGCUCGCUUGCAGUAACAUUGCUUCAUGGUCGCUCUUCACCAGCACUACGUUAUCCUCUAUGGCGAGGGCUAAGUUCUGUAUUGGCAUUUCCAGCACUUGGUCCAGGUGUUGUUGGUACCUUUCUAAUUUACCGAAUGCGAGUCAUUGAGCGUUUUUAUGGCAGCCCGAAAUAUGCUGCAUAUCUCUUUUUCUCGAUGAUGACUUCACUCAUAUUUCAAGUUGGAUUCAAGUCGUAUAGCGGACCUCACGCGUUGGUGUUUGCCAUGCUAUAUCAAUACCAUCAUAUCGUGCCUGUCACUUCACGCUUCCCUGUGGCAGCAGGUGUAGUGUUGACUGACAAGAUGUAUGUGUACAUGGCGGCGCUUCAACUGCUGCUUUCGCCUACAACGAUCGCUCCAAGUUUGUGUGGAUUGGUUGCUGGUAUGAUGUACCACACAAACGUGGCGGAUAUUCAACGGUGGCGCUUUCCUCAGUGGAUGUUCCCAAAAAGACCACCACCCACUGCGACCCCGAGUGUUCCCGUUUCUCCGCGUCAUCAGCGCCGCCCUGGUCAGCAGCGGCAGCAGCAGCAACAACAGCCGGUCGUAUCUGAAGAUAAUGUAAAUGCAGUUGCCAGCAUGUUUCCUGACCACUCACGCGACGCGGUGACGAGUGCACUAGUUGCAGCACGCAACGACAUGAACCAAGCUGCCGAGAUCUUAUUGACCACUUCAUCACAACAAUCAUAGUAGCAACAACUCCAACAACGACAAUAAUGUCCAUUCCUCCUUUCUCUACGGCACCCGUUUAAAAGAGAUUUAGCAUAACCUACACACCAGCCGGUCAUAUAUCCGUUGUAAAAUGAUAAAUAUAUAUAUCGGGAUGAGUUUAUAAACAUAUAAAGUGAAUAAAAUAAGG